GCAGGGUUAGGCAUUGCGGUAAGAGGGAGAGAUCACAAGCACAUGUGACCAAGUACCAUGGACAUAUCCGGUUUUACUCUGUCCUUUGCGAGAAUAUGCGUCUGGUUGCCUUUUUGCGACCUCCCAUCUACUCACCGAGAUUCCACGUCAAUCCCGGGCCCCGUGGGCCUAUAUGUGCCUCCUGGGACCGAUACCGUCGCACUAGUGCUUGAUGCCAUCUAUCCAUCUUCUGGAAGUGCUGCCUGGCAUGCCCCUGGUACGCGCCGCCGUCCGAGCUUGUGUUAGCUUCCCUGCGUGCCGGUGUCUAGAUCCGCCACUCAGGCGUGGUGCGCUUGGCGUCUGGCUUUCACAGGAUUGUUCCAGUGAGGCAGCAUGUACAGAGAAGCACAGCUGUUUCCCUCCUGCCUUUGACCAUGUCACAAGCUGAAGAACAAUGGACCGACAAACAAGAGACUGAUGAAACUUUCUCCGAACGCGAGAAAUCCAUCGGUAACAAGCUCUGGGGCGUCUACAUCUCCGAGGCACAGAAGUACGAUCAAGGUCUCAUCGAUGGCUGGCGCAGUGAGAUGGAUGGACUGCUGAUUUUUGCCGGUCUCUUCUCGGGCGUCGUCACCACAUUCAUCAUCGACAGCUACAAGACCCUUAACCCGGACUUGGGCAACCAGACUCUCGCAAUGCUCACCCAGAUCUCACACCAGCUCGCGAGCCUGAAUAACGGCACGGCGGUGACAGACCCACUCCCUUCCCCCACUGCGUUCUCACCCCCGCUCUCAUCCCUCAUAUGCAACGCACUGUGGUUCACCAGCCUUGCGCUGAGUUUGUCGUGCGCGCUCGUUGCGACCCUGGUCGAGCAGUGGGCGCGGGAGUACCAGCACCGCACUACCAUGUUUUCGUCUCCCUCUGUCCGCGCGCGUGUGUACAUGUAUCUCUACUACGGCUUACGCCGCUUCAAUAUGCAUGCCGUCGUCGGCAUUCCCCCGGUUCUCUUGCAUGGGGCACUGGUCCUGUUCUUUGCGGGUCUAGUUGCCUUUCUGGUGCCCGUCAACAACAUCAUCAUGGGCAUCUCCUCUGCUCUUUUGCUCCUGUUCGUCUCCGUCUAUGGAACGUUCACCGCACUCCCGCUGUUUUUCCUUGACUGUCCGUACCAGACGCCACUCACACGGAUCUUGUGGUCGCUGAAUCAGAGCUUGGGAAGCGUGCUGAGGGCUUAUAUAUGGAGGGCAGCGGCUAUUUGCAGGGCUUUCUAUCGAAAGAGACGUGGUGUGACAGACCCCGAGAAAGCCACUGAAUAUUCUGUGACGAACACCGAGGCUUCUGCAGACGGUCGUCCGCAGUCCCAGAGCAUGGUGCACGCCCUGAAAUCAGAAGCACUGCGUUCCACUGUCGAGACGGAGACCCGGGCACUGGCAUGGACUGUCCGGUCUCUCUCUGACGAUGAGGAGCUGGAGCCAUUUGUGGAGGGGCUCCCCCAGACGCUGUGGGAUUUCGAAAAUAGCAAGCCUCGUAGCGUGUAUCAGGCCCAUUUCCAGAGGUUGUUGCGCAAUCCACAAGUCCAUCUCUGCCAGCGUCUUGUUGAUUUCAUGGCUGGCUCCAACAGUAAUCUGCUCGAGCCCAAGGACCGCGUCCGCCGCCAGCUGUCCGUGCUCCGGGCCAUCUGGGCGAUCUGCGCAUUCUCUCUUCACACGGGGUCACCGCUGCAAAGUCCGAUUGGAGAGGCCGACGUGCGCAACGCUCUGCUUGGCUCAAAAUUCAUUGAUUCUCCCGACGUGCAGAGCAUGGUCCUUGACGUGACCGCUUUGAUCCGUCUGAACACGACCAAGUCUCGGAGCCAGGAUCGGGCCUCCACACAAAAGUGCGACUCUGACGCCGCAGCGAAGGGAGAACGGCAAACAGAGAUGCUUCGGACGUAUCUCGAUUAUCUGCUGGCACUUUCCCAAUGCGCUGCCAGCUUCCAACGGGAAGCGACCCAUUCACUCUUCGACCGGUCACAAAUGCUCUUCACGGAAGCGGACGGCUACAGAACUCUGCGAGACGUUCUCAAAGAACUGAUCAAAUACGCGUCGGACAAAGCAGCGAACAAGACAGCGGACAAUCUCGUGUUUUCUGCUCGUCUGAUAAUUACCCUGUUUGCCCAAACAUCCAAAUAUUCAUACGUGUCGCUACGUGGUCUUGCGCGGUUCCUUGUCCGACAUCCGUCCGUCGCCGCCUCCGACCCAAAAUUGGACUCAGAACAUCAUUACACCCGAUACCUGUUUCACGAUCUAUGCAGAAACUUGAGGUCCCGAACAAAUCCUCAGGAAUCUGUCGACGCCCUCGAGCUGAUUUAUCGGGAAUUGUUUCAGUCUGAUGUGCCACCUAGAGACUUCGAUACUCAUCUCUUUGUCCUCUGCACUCUGAGGACUGAAGCAGCCGACAUCCGCACGCACCGUUUGGCAGCCAUCGUUCAGUCUGUUGUGCUCAAAAGUUUCAAGAAGGAUCUGUCAGCAUCGGAGAAUCUGCCGGAAUGGGAGCAAUUGCCAAGUAUCUUCGUGGACAAGGCCUGGUUCCGCGCCGUGAUCGGCCUUGACAACGAGAAACGGACGGGGCGGGCAUCGGCACGGAAAAUUUAUCACUGUACAUAUGUGGGACUUGUAACCACUUUCCUCGAGCAGGGUACAGCCGGGAAUCCGGAUCAAACGGAGCACGACUUGAACUUGGCGACGCUCAAAGAGGUAUGCGUAUACAUCCCCGUUUCUUCGGUGAUCCCGACUGGACUGCAACGUCGAUUCGCCGACGCCGCCGCCGGAUUCAUCCGCAAACAUCCGGCGAACUGUCUUGCGGAUGGGACUGAGGUCUACGCGGUGCUUCACUGGGCCAUCGAUGAGGACAACGGAUGGAUCAAGGAUUCGGACGCAUUGCGCAUCCUGGACACGGCUGUGUCGGAGGUGCAGAAGGACAAUCAGCAGCAAUCACACCGGGACCGUGCUCAACGAAUCCGCGAACAAAUGAAGGACCGGCUCCUUCUUCCCGAGAUCAUUUAUGCCGCCUUUGUUUCACUCGCCACCGAACUCAAGGAUGUGAUCGAUGCCUACGACUUGGCCGUCUGGUGCGACAUCACGCUAGCCCGGUUCGAUAUGACGGCAAUCAACGAGACCUCGACGGAAUCAGAUCCAAUACGAUGA